AUGUCAGCGGGUGUGGAGGAGGAAGGUAAGGAAAAUGUGAAAUACAAGGAAGCAGCAGGAGGAAGGGCAGAAGAGCCGCGUGCUGCAGAGCCUCAGCCAGAGGGAGCCGAGCGAUUGGCAGCAGCAGAAAGCCCAGGAGCCUCGAAGAAAGAAAAGAAGUCUUGGUCCUUUAAGAGGAGCAACAGCGGCAACAGCGAGCGAGUGGAGGCCCCGCCUACUUCAACAAGCCCAAAGGAGCAGGGGCAAGGAGCCCACCGGAGGCGACUGCCUUGGAAGCGCAACGCAGAUCCGGACGAGAAGGAGCAGGAGCUACCAGAUCCUGUCGUCCCGCCUGCGAAGGCUGUGACAAUCUCCUCGGUGCCGCAGGUUGUGGAGCUGGAAUCAGGUCAGCAAGAUGAGGUGUUGCCACACAGCCCAAGUUCGACGGAGCAGGGACAAGGUGCUACUUCUCCAGGAUCCUAUCGGCGGAGACUGCCUUGGAAGCGCAACCCGGAUCCGGACACGAAGGAGCAGGCGCCACCAGAUCCUGUCGUCCCAGCUGAGGCUGUGGCAAUCUCUCCAGUGCCACAGGUUUCUGAGCCAGAUGCGGGGAAGACAAAGGAGACGGACGUGCCAAUCACGGAUCAGUCUCCAGAAGCUACACAGCAUCUGGAACCUGUUGAGGUGAAGGGUACUGCAGCGGCUACUGCGGAGCAAGCAGAGGCAAAAACUCUAGAGCCGGCGCCGCCCGAGCCGGAGGCGCGCGAGAAUUCGGUGGCUCCGGAGCCACCCGCAUCUGCUGUCCAGGACAGCUUGGAGGAGGAGCCAGCGAAAGAAGGCGCGGAUGCUGUUGCUGGCGAAGUUCCUGAGGAUCUGCCACUGAUACCCCUUCAGAUCGACCAGCUGCCCUCGGAGGACAACGAGGAUGGCGAG